AUGACCACAAAGGCCUUCAAUUGCAAACGAAUGAACGAAGUGAAACGAGGCGAUCGUAUUAUUAUCCUAUACGGCGAGACGGGUACAGGCAAGAGCACUUUUAUCAAUGCCGUGGCUGGUUGCGAUGCUGCCAAGGUGGACCACACUCUGAAAGGUUCAGCAAACAGGAUCGAAGUCUUCAAGAUUACCGGUCCAGAUCUGAAGCCGUUCGUACUAGUUGAAGCCCCAGGAGUCGAUACUUCAAACAACGACUCGAGCAAGCUCGGUCUCUGGUUACAUGACCAGAAGAACCCGCCUGUCGCAGGCGUCAUCUACCUUCGCCGGAUCACCGACAACAGAAUGUCUAACGCACAAAUCAAUACGUUAGACUCGCUCUCCACAAUAUGUGGCAUAGACGCGGCGUCACACAUUUUCGUUCUUACGACGAUGUGGGACGUCCCAGCAACAGCGAGACAGAUUGAACGUGAACGCGAAUUCAAAACAGACUUUUGUAGCAUCAAGGCUGCUCUAGGAGAAUGUAAACUCCUAAGGAUGGAGAAUACCAAGAAGCAAACGACUAGGGAGAUCACUCGAGCUGCGAGGCAGACCGUGCAGGAAGUUUUGGAUAGAGACCCUUGCCGUCUCUUGGUCGGACGGCAGAUGCGGGAUAGUAAGGGAGACUACAGAGGAACUGCUGUCGGAAAGGUCGAGGAAAAGAGCAAGGGCUUUAGAGGUUUCUUCCGGGGGCUGUUCAGCAAGUGA